UAUUUCUCCUGAACGGCAGACUAUCACGAAACCAUGCUUUGAAGCAAUGGUGAAUAUAGUGGAUGCGCAAUAGAUGUAAAAAUAUCAUGGCAGCUGGCUAUACGGAUUUGAGGCAAAAGUUGCAGCUGAAACAGAAAAGUUUGAAAUCUCAGCAAAAAGAAAAGAAAUACAUUAGCCCAUCAUAUCAUUACUCACCAUACAAUGUGGAUGAAAAUUUAGUGCUCUUGAAGCAAAUUCAUACAGGGAUUCAGCAGAGAAGAUUGUUUGAUAAUGAUCAGUGUACUGCCAUUGAAAAUAAAAUUGAUGAAGUGGUCGAAUUGGCAGACAAAGGAAAGUACAAACCCUGUACUGUUGACAGGGCACCGUUACGGAACAAGUACUUUUUUGGGGAAGGCUACACGUAUGGAUCUCAGCUCUCAAAACGAGGACCAGGUAUGGAACGCUUGUACCCCCAAGGAGAAGUUGAUCCCAUUCCUGAUUGGGUUCAUAAUAUGGUCAUUGAACCACUUGUAAAAGCAGGAAUUGUACCCGAUGGCUUCAUCAAUUCGGCAGUCAUUAAUGAUUAUCAACCUGGAGGCUGCAUAGUUUCUCAUAUUGAUCCUAUACACAUAUUUGAUAGGCCAAUUGUUUCUGUCUCAUUCAUGAGUGACAGUGCUCUAAGCUUUGGUUGCAAGUUUAGUUUCAAACCAAUCAGAGUAUCAAAGCCCAUCUUAUGCCUGCCUUUGUCACGAGGCUGUGUCACCAUACUGAGUGGCUUCGCAGCAGAUGAAAUUACACAUUGUGUGAGGCCUGAAGAUACUAUUGCUCGGCGUGCUGUUAUCUUACUUAGAAGAGUCUUUCCUGAUGCACCACGAUUAGCGCCAGAUGAAGUGAUACCACCUAUUUCAAUGAAUGCAUCUACAAGACAACAAGAAAUUAAUGGCCUGUCAAGGCCCAAACGGGAAGGUGAAGGGAACAAUCCACGGAAACGGGUAGUAGUAAUGAGCAGUUCUUUGCAUCCUCGCCAUGAUUCUGCAUCUGAUAGUGAACCAGACGAAGAUGUAAAGUCGAAUAGUGAAGGAUCAGUCAAGCGCAGGCGUGAGGCAAGUCCUGGGUCAGAGCGUUAGUGUUACUGAUGUCAACGAAGUUGUGCCGAGACCAUUUGAAAUUGUGAUAAGGAAAGCACCAUAGUCUGUCUUCAUUUUGCAGAUUUGCUUCGGUUUCUUGUAAAAAGGCUUGUAUUGAAUUUUUUUGUUCACAAAAUUGUAUUAAUGAUGUUUGUGACUUGUAAAUAUGUAAAAAGUUUUAAACUGUAAAAUAUGAGUAAAGCUUUAAUAUGAAGUUGUAAGAAAUUUACAGAAAACUUAUAUUUUGUUUAAUGUUUUCCAGUCAGAUAAUAUGUUCCAGUUUUAAAAUGUAUGUCUGAAUUGACUUAAACUGCUGUUACUUGUUUUGAAAGGCCUUUGUCAGUCAGCCAUUCAAAUGUGCAUAGCGCAGAUUAUAUUUUAUUACAAUAAAUAUUUUAGUAUUCUGUAAAAUUAAACCAAUGUUCACUUUUGUUGUUUUAUUCCUUCAUUGAAAUAUUAUAAUGUGUUGUUGCAGUUACCAGUUGAAUAGGAUAUAUUAUGUUCCUGUGGAAUGGUUGUAAAUUCACAAAACUUUUAUCUUUACUGAUGUAGAGUUUAUAAUGAUAUGUAUGUGAAAGUGUCUUUCUCAAAGGUUUUAAAAAUUCAUUGAAGAAAAAAUGGCAGGUGUGUACCACUUAACAUGACAAUACAUUUGCUUGCAAGAGAUAAAUUUAAAGUCAUUAUUACGUGGGGGGAAUUUGAGGUGGAAAAAGAAUGGACAAGCAUGAGGGGUUAUUAUGCAAAUGUGAGAGUAUUUUAUGUAGCUUUUGUAUUUUAUUUUUAAAAAUUAAAAUUUUUACUGUGUGUUGAACAUAA